CUUCCUAAUCUCACUACAAAUAUCUUUGGAUUUUAAUUUUUAAGGAUAUUUGGUUGAUUAAUUAGGUUUAAUUUAUUUAAAAAAAAAACAUUAUUGGUGAUUUGAUAAGAUUUAUUACAAUAUUAAAUUUAUAAGAUUUUGGAGUAUUUUAAAGAGAUAUCUUUAAAACAAAAAGGGAAAACCUCACGCUUUAAGAAAUUUAAGAAAGAAAUUACUUAUAGGGUUCAUCAAUUACCAAUUGCUUGUAUUGCAAGCCCUAUUACUUUUAUAUCUUCUCCUCUUCUUUCGUUUCUCUCGUCGUCUCGUCUCUAGGGUUUCAUUUGAUCUGCAUAAACAUCAGAGACUUUGCAAAAUUUCUUCGUUCAUGAAUUUUGUUAUAUUCACCUGAUUGCUUCAAUAACUCUGUUUCUGAUUUUUUUGUCAAUUUGUUUUUGUAGAGAAACGACAUGACAUCUAACGAGGAAGAAGCCAAAAAAGCAAUGGAUAUUGCCGAGAAGAAACUUUCGGAGAAUGAUUACGAUGGAGCUAAAAAAUUCAUUAGCAAGGCUCAGGCUUUGUAUCCAAAGCUUGAUGGUUUGGAACAAGUGUUGAUGAUGAUUGAUGUUUAUAUCUCUGCAACAAACAAGAUCAACGGAGAAGCUAACUGGUAUGGAAUUCUUAGUGUAGAUCCUUUAGCUGAUGAUGAAGCUGUGAAGAAACAGUACAAGAAGUUAGCUCUUUUGCUCCAUCCGGACAAGAACAGGUUUAACGGCGCGGAAGGCGCGUUUAAGCUUGUUCUACAAGCUUGGGAUUUAUUAUCUGACAAAGAUAAGAGAACUGCUUAUGAUCAAAAGAGGAAACCAAAACAAGUUAAAAGGAAAAGGAGCAGAAUGCAUAAGCCAUACGAGUACGAGUGUGAGUCUGAGCCUGAACCUGAUUCUUCAUGGAAACAGAAGAAACCACGCAAACCGAAGGAAGUCAUUACCUUUUGGACAGUGUGCAAAAACAAUAAGUGCAACACACAUUGUAAAUUAGGGAAGGCUGGUUAUCUUAACAAGACCUUGCAUUGUCCAAACUGCCGUCAAGAAUUUGUUGCGACAGAGGUAAUUCCAGAGAUGAUCAAUGGGAGGCCAGUUUACAGCUUUAGUGCUAAAUUUCAACCAACAAGCAAAAGCACAAGUGAUGCUUCUUCUUCUACAACUUCAGCUUCUGAUAGCGCAAAUCAAGAACAAGAUAGAGAGUCACAAGAAGAGAUUGUUCCUGCUAAUGCUUCACCUGCUGCUAGAGGAAAUGCAAACGAAGCGUAGAGGCUUUUUACAACAAGAUGACAACAGAAAUGCAAACUCUACUCUCUCGAAGCAUAGAGGCUUUUCAAGUAACCUAUGACAGAUGCGAAAAUAAUAAGUAAGACAUGAGGAAGUAGAAUUCCAUAUCUUUUUUCUCUUGUUUUUUGCGUCAGUAAUAGUUUUUUAUUUGAUCUUAUGAAACUUGGAUUUACAGUAACUGAUACAGCUUCUUUUUUUUUUUAACUUAAAAAAUACUAAUAAUGUUUUGGAUCAAUCGGUUCUCAAACAUAUAUAGGUCUACACUGCACUUUUUAAAGUAAAAGCAUUGAUGUUGGUUAAAGGUGUUGUCAAUAUGCUAUGUGCAAUUGAAAGCAGAGUAAAGGUCUUAAUUUUGGUAUUGAA